AUGUACGCCAGCGGCUCCGAAUACGACCGCCACGGGCGUGUGUGCGACAAGCUCCCAGGGAACGAUGGCCGCCGCUCCCUCUUGCGGCGCGAGGGUUACCGCGACGUAGCGAUUUCCGACUGGGACGACUGCGCGAACCUCGAGACCUACGGGCUGCGUCCCGUCUCCCAAGGUUUCGCUGACAAGGCUGAGGGCGUCUGGGGCCAGGUGGCGCUCGACGACCACGUCGUGACGUUUACGCACCAGCGCUUCACGCAGAACCGCGACUACGCCCGCAUGGGCGCGGCCUCUACGUGUCGCAAGGUAAUGGAUCUCCUCGGGAUGACCCCAGAAGAAGUGGUGGCGCAUUUCACGCAGGCCGAGAGGCAUGCCAAGUACUACUACCUCGGUUACGACGAGUCCACCGGCGUCAUUCUAGACGCGACGCUGGCCAAGUCGAUGAACAUAUCGACCACGACCGGCGGGACGCGGCGGAAGGAGAUCGCCUACUGCGGCUACUUCGAGACGCGCAUGACGCUCGGCGCGUCGGCGAACCUGCGGAGCCUGCCCUCGUGUGAUUGCGAGGAGCAGUCGGAGGUGGUGGGCAUGCGGGGGGUCGAAACCUUCUCGCAGUGCGAGGACGGCGGCUUCAGCGCCACGGGCAUAUACUCGGUGCAGGCCAACGUGGACGCGUCCUUCCUCCUGGCGCAGCCCCUCGCGUACGGCCUGGCCGAAGAGAGCUGGCCGCCUCGGACCUGUGGGACCUGGUCCCCGAGACGCUCUGUCAGCCACCAGCGUCUCUGA